CGCAGCAGCUAUUUUGGAGAUCUUAAGCUUUAAUUUCUUGAUUCAGCUGAGUUUCCAUUUUUGGGUCGAAAAUUAGAUGGAGGGGUUGGAGAUUCCGUCCUACUUCCUCUGCCCGAUUUCGCUGGAGAUGAUGCGGGACCCGGUGACGCUGCCGACCGGCAUCACCUACGACCGGCAGAGCAUCGAGCGGUGGCUCUUCGACUUGAAGCGGAGCACCUGCCCGGUGACGAAGCUGCCGCUGUCGGCCGACGCGGCGGUCUGCACCCCCAACCACACGCUCCGGCGGCUGAUCCAGGCGUGGUGCACCCUCCACUCCUCCGACGGCGUGGAGCGGAUCCCGACGCCGAAGCCCCCCGUCGGCCAGGAUGAGGUCGCCGCGCUGCUCGAGGCCUCCGCGCGGGUGCCCACGCAGCUUGACGCGCUGCGCAAGCUGCGGCGGAUCUCCGGCGAGAGCGAGCGGAACAGGCGGUGCGUCGCGGGUACGCCCGGGGCCGUCGAUGCCCUGGCUCGGGUGGUCGUCCUCUCCGCCUCGAGCGAUCUGGAGACGAUCGAUCGAGAUUAUGCGGUGCUGACAUCGAGUUCGACGGCUUGCGACGAGGCUCUCGCCGUCCUGCACUCCCUUCAGAUCUCCGAGGACGCGCUUCUCGACCUCGUCGUCAGAAAUGCCGACUUGGUCGGGUCGUUGACCUCCGUCCUGCAGCGAUCGAAUUACCAGUCGAGGAGCUACGCGAUGCUCAUCUUGAAGUCCGUCCUCGCCGUCGUCUCGCCCGGUCGACUGAUGGCCCUCCCGCAGGAGCUGUUCGACGAGGUGGUGGGCGUGAUCCGCGACGGCGUGUCGCCGCAAGCCACCAGGGCGGCGCUGCGCGUCCUGGCCGGCGCGUGCCCGUGGGGCCGGAACAGGGCCAAGGCCGCGAAGGCAGGGGCGGUGCACGCGGCGGUGGAGCUGCUGCUCGAGGACCCGGAGCGGCGGGCGUGCGAGGCGGCGCUGGCCGCGCUGGCGUCCGUGUGCGGGUGCGCGGAGGGGCGGGCGGAGCUGGUGCGCCACCGGGCGGCGGUGGCGGUGGUGUCCAAGAAGAUACUGAGGGUGUCGCAGCUGGCCAGCGAGAAGGCGGUGCGGGUGCUGCACGAGCUGGCGCGGCACGGCCCGACGACGGCGCUGCUGCAGGAGAUGGUGCAGGCGGGGGCGGUGACGAAGCUGUUCGUGGUGGUGCAGGCCGGCGGCGGGGGCAAGAUGGAGGAGAGGGCGAGGGAGAUCCUGAGGAUGCACGCGAGGGCGUGGCGAGAUUCUCCCUGUUUGUCUUUUCUCUUCAAGAACGGGGUUUCUACUUUGUGAUUCAUUUUCAGUACUCAUAAUUAAUCAACAAGUCAAGGAACAGAAUUGAGAAACAUUUGCCCGCAAAUUGUUAUACAUUCCUUAAUUUUAUUUUCAAAUAUAAAUUUUAAUCCAUAAUUAAAUACAUUUGGCUUAUGAUAGUUUUA